UACGCAAGCUGUUCCCGCCAUUGGGAAACUUCGAAAAAUUUCACCCUCUCUCUCUCUCUCUCGAUUGUUCGAGUUUUGAACUUAUUGUGUGAAAGAUUGGCUCUCUUCUAAUUUUUUACGACAGCAAUGGCGGAUGUGAAGAGAUGGACGGUGACCUACACGAAGCAAUUGACACAGAAGCGCAAAGUUUACCAAGACGGUUUCUUAGAGCUCCAAACCUCUACCGACAAGGUCAUGCUCUAUGAUGAUUACGAGAAACUCCUGGAAUGCAGGCUCCUGAAGAAGGACGAAGUAGUAAGCUGUGGUGGAUCGCUGACAUUUAGUGCUUAUCUUAUUGACAUCCUCGAUGCCCAGGAGGGUCAUAAGCCUAUAACUGACUUGAAUUCACAAGGAAGAGAUAUGAAAAUCACCGGGAAACCUAGUUUGAUGCAUCGACAAAAGUUAAGGAACCGUUCGGUUUCUUCUGAUAGGCAGAAUUAUGAGGAGAAGAAGAACAAAGCAUGGCAAACUUUGAGCCCGUCACGCAAAAUCAUCAGAGAGUUUAAGAAGAGCGAAGUGCAAAAGUAUCAAGCACCGCAGACUAGUCCAGAUACAACAAAACCAAGUACAACAGAAUGGCAUGCUCUGUAUACCACACAAGUAACUCAAAAGGCCAAAAAGUAUCACGAUGGCUGCUUACAACUUGUAACACGUGGAUCCCUAGGGAGGCAGGUCAUGCUGUUUGAUGAAAGCAGGAAACUCUUAAAUAGCCGAUUCCUUAAGAAAGACGAAGUAAUAAGAUCUGGUGAAUCCAUACCUUUUGAUUCUCAUUUGGUUGAAAUUGGAGAACAUGAAGAAGACCGUAAGCCUCAAAUCGAUUUGAGUGCUCAAGGAAACAAUUGCAAUGUUGUCAAGGAAACCAGGACAUUACAUGGAAAAGGAGCACUCCAGAAUAAUUCUUGCUCAGAAAAGGAGGGGGAUUCAAAUUUUAGAAUCUUUACUGUUGAUGAGACCAAAUUAAGCAGGAGAGGCCCUACAAACAAGCCAUUACGUGAUGCCCAUCAGAUUUUAUCCGUUCUCCACAAACCUACCGCUCAGGAAAGCAUUGUUGCGGGUUAUAUGGAUAAAAGCAAAAUGGAACUGGCUGCCCCUCCCAAGGGGACUCAAGUUUCAGACGCUGUCAUACUGGAUUCUCCUAAGGAUGAUCGAUCACUAAGAGCAUCCCUACAACAUCGUGAAUCAGGUGAAAGUGUAAGCACGAGGAAAUCAAGUGAAAAUAUAGACAUUGGGAACUCUCCUGACCUUAUGUCUUCUGAAGCUAUAUCAAGUGAAUUGUCCAAGGGUGUCGAUCCUGGAAACUCCCAUCAGCCUGGUUUGAUCAAAAUCGAAGCUGACACUCAAUGGUGUGAUGGUGCUUUUGCUUUUGCUGAUUCGAGCUCAACUGCUAGCCCUAUUGAUAAUGUGAGGAAGACUUCAACAGAGUAUGCAUGCACAGGGGAAAUAGAUGAAGGUCCUAGUUUUGAUCUCGGAUUUUGAACUUCAGCAAAUACAUAGAAGGAGAAAGGUGAUGCCUUGUACAUAUUCCAGUUGAUUCAAAGAUCAUGACCAUGCGCUUCUCCUCCCAUUGCUUCUGGUGAUCCCUGCUCUAAAAAACAAUUGAGUCACUGUUAUAUUUGCAACCUUCUGAUAUACAUUCUUUCUGUUGUGAUCAUUCAGCUUGAAAAUGUCAUGAUAAUCACAACAAUCAACAUGGAUAAUUGUCUUGAUAUAUGAUUCAGAGAUUUUAAAAUGAA